ACAAGCGGCAGUAGGAAGGGAGGAGGGGGCUAUCCGGUAAUUCGCGCAGGCGCAGCACCCCCCGCACGCUCCGUUUCUUCUCCACGAAGCACCCCCCUUCCCCUCCCCUCUCCAAACCCAAACCAACUCCACGCGCCCCCGAGACGCCACCAGACCGCGACCACCCGCAGCUCCAGCCCGACCGACGCGCGCGGCUCGGCUCAGCAGUCGGCGUCGUCUCGUCUCCCCCUCUCCACCGCCUCGACCCCGCCCGCGGCCGCGCGACCCGAUCCGGCCAGAUCCCGCGCCGGCGGCCAUGGAGAACCUGAUCUCGCUCGUCAACAAGCUGCAGCGCGCCUGCACGGCGCUCGGCGACCACGGCGAGGAGAGCGCCCUCCCCACCCUCUGGGACUCGCUGCCGUCCAUCGCCGUCGUCGGCGGCCAGAGUUCGGGCAAAUCUUCAGUGCUGGAGAGCGUUGUUGGAAAGGACUUCCUACCCAGGGGUUCAGGCAUUGUCACCCGUCGCCCGCUGGUUCUGCAACUCCAUAGGAUUGAUGGAGACAGAGAGUAUGCGGAGUUCAUGCAUGUCCCCAGGAAGAGAUUCACCGAUUUCGCCAUGGUGAGGAAGGAGAUUGCUGAUGAAACUGACAGACAAACCGGCCAUGGAAAGGGAAUAUCAUCUGUCCCCAUCCAUUUAAGCAUAUUUUCUCCAUACGUUGUGAAUCUGACUCUUAUUGAUCUUCCUGGGCUUACUAAAGUUGCUGUUGAGGGUCAGCCCGAGAGUAUUGUUCAGGAAAUUGAAAACAUGGUCCGUUCAUUCAUCGAAAAGCCCAACUGCAUCAUUCUGGCUGUUUCGCCAGCCAAUCAGGACCUUGCGACUUCUGAUGCUAUCAAGAUUUCACGGGAAGUUGACCCAAAAGGUGAAAGAACCUUUGGUGUGCUCACGAAAAUUGAUUUAAUGGACAAGGGUACUGAUGCUGUUGAUAUACUGGAAGGAAGAUCUUACCGUCUCCAGUUUCCAUGGAUUGGUGUUGUCAAUCGAUCCCAGCAAGAUAUCAACAAGAGUGUGGACAUGAUUGCUGCUAGGCGUAGAGAGCGUGACUAUUUCGCAAACACACCGGAAUACAAGCAUCUCGCUCAUAGGAUGGGAUCAGAACAUUUAGCAAAGAGUCUGUCGAAGCAUUUGGAGUCUGUUAUUAAAUCAAGAAUCCCGGGUCUCCAGUCUCUUAUAACAAAGACAGUUGCAGAGCUGGAAACUGAACUUUCUCGUCUUGGAAAGCCCAUCGCUAAUGAUGCUGGAGGAAAGCUGUACACGAUUAUGGAAAUAUGCCGCAUGUUUGAUGGCAUCUACAAAGAGCAUCUGGAUGGAGUGCGCCCUGGUGGUGAGAAAAUUUACCAUGUAUUUGACAAUCAGUUUCCUGUGGCAAUUAAACGGUUGCAGUUUGAUAAGCAACUGUCAAUGGAAAAUGUGAGGAAGCUCAUAACGGAAGCUGAUGGAUACCAGCCUCACUUGAUAGCUCCAGAGCAAGGAUAUCGACGCCUCAUAGAAUCUUGUCUUGUUAGUAUCAGAGGUCCUGCGGAGGCAGCUGUUGACACGGUCCAUGGAAUCCUAAAGGAACUAGUCCACAAGGCUAUAAAUGAAACUCAUGAGCUCAAGCAGUUCCCCACUCUUCGUGUGGAAGUUGGCAAUGCAGCUUUUGAGUCGUUGGAAAGAAUGAGGGACGAAAGCAAGAAGAACACAUUAAAGCUAGUUGAUAUGGAAACAAGCUACUUAACUGUAGAUUUCUUCAGGAAGCUUCCUCAGGAUGUUGAGAAGGGUGGAAAUCCAAGCCACUCUAUUUUCGACAGAUAUAAUGAUUCUUAUCUAAGACGAAUUGGGACAACUGUUCUGGCAUAUGUUAACAUGGUAUCUUCAACAUUGAGGAACUCCAUCCCAAAAUCUAUUGUGUACUGCCAAGUCCGUGAGGCAAAGCGCUCAUUGCUCGACCAUUUCUUUACUGAGCUGGGAGCAAGAGAGAUUAGGCAACUUUCCAAGCUCCUCGACGAGGACCCCGCGGUCAUGGAGCGGAGGACAAACCUUGCCAAGAGGCUGGAGCUGUACCGGAGCGCCCAAGCAGAGAUCGACGCGGUUGCAUGGUCAAAAUAAUUUUUUGUGGACUUAUCGUGCCCUAGUGUGUGUUCACCUUUACUCCUUGUUUGGUGACAUCUCUCCCCUUUGCCAGAGGGGUCAUAUAUAGCUGAUUCUUUCUUCCCGUUCUAGGUCAUAUAUUCUUAUUAGAUGACAGCAGCUCUGAGGUGUGCCAUGUGUUUGUGCUUUUGCUCCUUGUGCUUGAGGAUCUCUCUCUCUCUCUAGGGGGACACCUUUCUGCUGUACCUUGUCUGUAUCACGUACGAGUUCAUAUUAUUAUGAUUUCCGUAACUCAA